GUCAGGUGAGAACAGAUGGCAGGUGGUGUGCUUUACCCCUGCUGUAUCUCUAACGUGGGAUUGAUGGCAGCUGCUUGGAAGGCAGAAGGAAGCCUGCUGUUACGGAUGACACCAACAUUGGCAGCUGUCCUGUCGCUAACACUGAGCAAAGCAGAUCGUUGCUGCUCUGGUUGCGUGCAGGCAGCACCUGCUUUACCUCACCUGGGGACAGAUAGCAUCGCACCGCUGCUUUGAUUCUGAUGCAGGCAGGCCGCAGCUGGUUUGCUUUGGAUGGGACUCACGGCAGCUGGGUUAGUCCUAGUGUGCUGAUCUUGACAGGAGGAUGCUGUUUUACUUCUAUUAAAUACAAACAGCAGCUGCUGCAGUGCCUGAAUGGGCAGAUAGCAGCUGCUACAGUGCUCGAACAGACUAGCAACUGAACAUUGUGUUCCUUCUUGACGUGGGUGUUUCUUUGUGUCGCCCUUGAAACGGAUCAAGGGCCAUAUGCUUUGUGACAAUUUCCAGGUGUAGGUUGCUCUCCGUAUAUGCAAGGUAGUCCACGGAGGGUGAAGGGAUCAGAAAUGGUUGAGGAGACGUAUUGCUGCUGGAACCAUGAUGAGUGUAGCAGGAUUCAUUUAUUGGUGUGCCUGUCUGGAGGGCUACACA